UCAAGGGUCAAUGUCCUCAUUGACUGAGCCAAUGGGCAUAAAGACAUUGUCUUAAGGGUCAAAGAGUUGUUGUCAGGGAUAUGGAAGCCGCUUGUCUUUGGGCUUGUAGCAAUGGAUGAGAUAGUCCCAAUGAGGCAAAUGUGUGUGUCUGGGUGUCAUAAUUCAGCCCUUUUUCAUCUUAUCCUCGAUGAUCUUAUCUUAUCUCGACACGGAUUAUCUUAUCGCGGAUCACGGCAUCUGACGGUCCGGGCUAGGGGGACAGGGGUCAUCUUUAUCAAUUCAAGGCUGCGCGACAUAUGCUCCGGAAGGUUCUACUACAACCCAUGACCAGUGUUCCAUGCGGUACAUAGCCCUAUGACUCAUUAGUUGUAGAUAUGACUCAGACUGGAUUUGGGUAUAAAUACUGUAGCUACUUGGUUGUAUUCUCCAGUCUUCGAAUUCACUUCUCU